CUUGUUACUAACUUGGAAGACACCUACGGAGUUUGCUAUGAUGAUGGAGAAAAAGCAGCAGAAAAAAGUGAAGCAGAAGGCUUGUCUGUUGGUGAUGAUGUGAGUUCAUUCUUGUUGUGCUGUUCACAAUUUGCUGCUCAGCUGGAGGAAGCAGUUAAGGAAGAAUAUAAUAUUUUGGAGUCUCUUUUCAAGUGGUUUCAGCAGCAAGUCAACCAAAUAGAGGAGAUAAGUAAAGAUAAUUUACAAAAAGAUCGUCCAUCAGAUGUUAAAUUCGUCAAAAAGAGCAUUACACAAAUUGCAAGACUCAUGCAUAAAAUUGAACAUAUUAGAGGUCGCCUAAAAGAGCGUAAUUUGUCCACACAGUCUAAAAAAACGGAUAAAGAGAUACCACCAGAAUUAAUAAAAUCUUAUGGACUUGUAGAAAAGCAAAUUGAAGAGUUCAUAACAUCCCAUUCAGCUUUAGAAUCUCAAACUGAAACUGAAAGUCAGCCAGGAACUCCUUCUUCAAUGGCUAAUCGAGUGACUAUGAUGAUGAAAAUAUUUGAAAACCAAACAGCUAUGUUACAAAAAGCUUUAAAUGAUCAGCAUACAAUUGAGUCUAAAUAUAAACAGAUGGAAACUAAUUAUGAAAAUUUAAUAUUGAAGAAAAACCUGCUAGAAGGUGAAAUACAAAGGCUGAGAGAUCCAGAGAGAGUAAAGUCUGCAACCAAAGAAGAGCGAACUAAGAAAUCCGGAAAAUCAGAAAAGAAAAAAGAUAAAGAUUCAGAAAGGAAUAUAUCUCCAAACAGAGAAUUUAAAUCAUUUGAAGAACUGCAUCAAAUCCAAGAAACUGAAAGAAAUAAGACUCAACUCGAUAAUGCCCUACCUCAAAAGACAGAGAUAUUUAAAGAAGAGAGGACUAAAACAAAACUGGGCCAGAGUCAGAAAAAAUCAAAGGUUAAGAUUGAAGAUUCAAAGGAUUCCUUACCAAAGAAGAGUGACACACAGUUGGGUGAACAAAGGAAGGAUCAGAUCUCAUCUGAUCAAAGUAAAAGGUCAGUUGGUAAAAGGUAAAACAGUUUUUA